AUGCUCUCCAGGUAUAAAGGCUUCGUCGAAAACACUUCCAAGUCCUCAGAGUCAUCAAUCCUCUCAGACAACAGAAGCUUCUACACCAACCUUCAAUUUAAACCACACCAACAAUGCAAUCCACCAACCUCGCUCUCCUCCUCACCACCACCAUCACCACCGCCCUCGCCUAACAACACUUCCCCAUCGUCGACGAGCGCCGCUACUGUCUUCCCCGUCAUCGGUGGUGCCGAGUUUAUCACUCAGGGCGACGACCCCGAUUGUGGGAGCUGCUUCAACAUCACGUCGACACCUGCCAACGGUGCCGGUGGACAGGCAAAUACAGUGUUUUUGACGGCGGUUAAUACCGCGCCGAGGGGGUUUGUGGUGUGCACGGAUGUGGUGACGGAUCUUUUGGGGUUGCCGAGGGGUAGCCCGGUCCCGCCUAAUGUGCCAGUUGAGGCUGUGAGGGUUGAGGCGGGGCUUUGUGGACUGUGA